AAUGCUCACUAUAAACGUUUAGAAACCCAACGCAUAAUAUCAGACCUUUGACACGAGAAGAGAUAACAGUUGGUUUGUUUAUUUAUUUUGCCAGAUUUUGACUCCAAAACCAUACGGACAUGUUAUAUCAGGCGGUUGUUGGCUUAGCUUAGGGUCUUAUCUGUCGCCAUGGAAACUGGGCUAACAAAAGUUGACCAGUCGUCAUAAACCAGGGACCAUGCAGUGAGCUGCUUGGAAAGCUAUCACUUGAUAAAAUAUUAGUUAAAUUAUUAUUUUUCGUAUCCCAACGUAGAAUAACACACGGUACUUUUAAAUGUAUUAAUACUUACUUGAGACUCAGGAUGAACGUUGCAUGUGCUCGUCUUCUCAAAUGAUAAUAUGUCUGAAUGUCAAGAUUGAAGAUCCAAAUUACGUGAGAAUAAAAUGAAAAAAGGAGGUCAAACGCGCAAAGGAUCACCACCAGGCGGAUUUAAAUUGUCGAAGAGCGUCCAAGGCAAAGCUGCGUCUCCCAACGCCAUCUCAUGGCCGGAGACUGAGGAUGGAGAUCUUAAGGACAAAAGAAAACACAAGGGAACAAGAUACAUCACUGAAGAUCUGAUCAAGAAAUUGACCAAAUGUGACAAUUUAGCACUUGUGCGGACUCUUGAUCUGUCCACAUCGUUGAGUAAUGACAAACAGUUUAGGUAUAUUGAAAACUUGGACAAGUGUGAGCAUCUGCAGGUUCUCAACCUCAGUAACAACAAAAUCGAGAAGAUCGAGAAACUUGAGAAACUAAGCAAAUUGCGGGAACUCCACGUUUCCAAUAAUGCAAUACAAAAAAUUGAAGGUCUGGAGCACAUGUCAAGUCUCCAGAUUCUGAAUUUUGCCUUCAACAACAUUGAACAUCUACCGAUAUGGCUGGCAAAGAAGCUCAGAUCCCUUCAGACCAUAAAUCUACAGAGAAACAAGAUAUUCUCGCUCAAUGAGAUGGCUAAACUGAAGCCACUGAAGAACCUGACGAGUCUCACUUUAGCAGAGAACCCCGUUGCCGGCCUGCCCCACUACCACCUCUUCAUGAUCUUCCAUCUGAGGUCACUGGAGAUACUGGACGGACAGCCAAUCAGUCCGCAGGAAAGAGAACAAGCACAUCAGCGCUUUCACAUGGAGGAGGUUGAGCGUCUGGAGCAAGACCUUGAGUUGAGAUCUGAGGAGAUUUCCAGGUUGCAGAGAGAGCAGACGGCAGCACUGGCAGAACUGGAGCGGCAGGAAAGAGCCAAUCAAAGCCUGAGGCAGGAGAACAAGGAGCAACAGCGGAGCCACGAGGAGCUCAGGAGAGAACUGGACACUAAAUCUGAACUGCCUCCACUUUCCGCUCCUCUGCUGGAUUCUCUGUGUCAGCUAAAGCAGAAGACGGUGGAGUUGACCCGGGCCUGUCAGAAACACUAUGAGCUGGAGCAGGAUCUGGCCUUUCAUAAAAUAGAUGCCAAGUUUGAACCUCUUCCGUUUUCUCCAGACCCUGAGGUGGAGAUGGAGAACCUUUCUAGUGAGAGUCCUUACAUUGGAAAGGCUCGACAGAAACGAAACGUCACAUUCGCUUCAGACAAAAAGAGAACACGAGACCUGAAGCAGGACCUGUCGGAAACAGACAACCCAGCAUCUGAUGAUAUGUUCAGACAUGCUCAGCUUAGAGCCGAGGAGCGACUGCAACAAUUACAUAAAGACAUUGAGGAGAAAGAACAGCAAAUCCUCAGAGCCAGCGAGGAGCUCCAACAGCUGGAGGAGACGCUUUCACAAAGAAGGAUCUGUGAAGCGGAGAAGGAUCAGGUCAGACAGGAGCUUCAGAGGAGAAUACAGAGACUGGGAGUACUGAGAGAAGAGAUGAAGACGCUGGAGAAACAGCUGGACAGACAGAGCACAGAGAAGACUCAAGCGCAGGGUGAAAUGGAGCAGAUGCAGAGUAUUCUGGACAGCCUGGAUCCCAGUGACCCCAGAUAUGCCCAUGUGAAGGCUCGGCUGUCCAGGACGACACAGCUGCUGGCCAUCAUGAGCCGAAAACAUCAGGAGCUGGAGAGCAGGCUGGAUGAUAUGAUCACACGCAUCCACAAGGAAACGCAGGAAAUCAAAGAACUGGAGCAACAACUUACUGAUGGUCAGAUCGCUGCAAAUGAAGCUCUAAAGCGUGACCUGGAGGGCAUCAUCGCAGGUCUCCAGGAGUAUCUGCAGGGGGUGAAAGACCAAGCACGAAGAGCCCAGUGUGAAUGCAGACGUCUACUGAGGGACAACGACGGUCUACAGCGCCUCCUACAUGAGAAGGAUCAGCAAUGCACGCAUCUGGAGAUAGAAGCAAGGAGUGCAGAGAGCAACCAGGAGGAGUUAAUGCGUCAGCAGCAGGAAUUGGAGGAUCUGAGGAAGGAGAAUGAGGAGCUCCGGCAGGUUCAGGGGCAGGUCAGUGAAUACGAGACGGAGCUGGAGACACAGCUGCAGGAGAGAGAUGCACAAGCCACACAACUGAAGGAGGAGCUGGACAGACUGCGUCGACUCAGUCAGAUGGAGCACUCUGCACUACAGGCGGAGCUUCAGAAGGAGCGGCAGGCUAAAGAGAACGCUUUAACUCAGAUGCAGAUGGCUACCGACAGAGAGCUGGAGAAUGCGGAGCUACUGCAACAGGUCAACACCCUUCAGGAGGAGAAAGACUUUCUGAAGGUUAAGGUAGACACUCUUCAGGAGGAAUUGGAGCAGGUCAGGGACAACCUGCUGUGUCCGGUGCGUGUGUGUAAACAUCUCGAGGAGUUAAAGCGAAGCAUAGCUGCGGGACAGGCAGAACUGAGCUUUGAAGAUCUUGGAGAAGCCGUGAACAAGAGUCUCAUGGAGCUGCAACAGGAGGUUCAUCGUGUGGUAUCAGCAGCCCAGAGAGAUCGAGAUGAAGCCCAACAGAGUCAGGACACACUCGCUGGUGAGAUGAAGGCCCUCAGAGAGAGACUCCGGUGGUACCAGGAGAGAUAUCAGAUGGAACGGAAUCAGCAGGCGGCAGAGAGGCGGGGUGAGGAGGCGGAGCUCCGAAGAUUGAAGGAGGACCUAGAAGACACCCAUGAGCAGCAGUACUUGAUGCUGAAGCGUCUAGAAGAUACAGAAAUGGAAAGGGACCAUCUGCUGGCUGAACUGGAGGAGCAAGAGAAAGAGAUGAAGGUCGAGGAAAGUCAGACUCAAGGGCAGUUGGAAUCUUUAAGUCUUGAGUUGCAGAAGCUCAAGAGAUCAUUCUCCACGACUGACAGGAUGGCUGCUCAACAACUCAACGCUGCCAAAGACAAACUUCACUCUCUCCACAGCACUAUAGGGAAGAUACAUCUGAAGAGAACAGCAGAUGCAGAGGAGUUGGAGAACACCAAACUUCAAGCUGCUCAAGCCAUUCAGGACUUGACCAAUGCUGAAGCUGAGAUCCAGGUUCUCCAAAAUCUUCUGAGAGAUAGGUUUCAUGAGACAGAUGGGAACCACCACAGUGUCUCAGACUUUCAACAGCAAGAACUGGACAGAUUAAACCAAACCCUGAAAAAACAACAGGCCCAGACCAAACGCCUCAGAGAUCAGCUAGCUCAAGCCAAUGAAGCAAACAAUGAAAAUCUGCAAGAGCUGCUGGAGGAGAUUGGAGCUCUGAGGGAAACUCUACUGCAGCAGAAUAACUUCCUGUCAAGUUUAGGAGAUCCCAGCCCGAACGCUGGGUAUUGGUACUAUGUACCGUCAAAUCAAAAUGCUCCUAGUCUGGGAUCUCAGGGCACACAGGACUCGGGGUUAGGCUCUGCGCACCCUCAAUCUCCAGACAAAGGUCGACGGCCCAGAGCACACAGGGACCGAAGACCACCUGUUAAUGGAGGAUACUGGGUCCAUUCUCCACAUCCACAAACUCACGCCAGAAGAGAUGCUCAGGUGUUCAGAGACAGCGGAAGAGAGAGUGAUGUGGAAGGUCUGUCUCCUCUCGCCAACACCGCUGGAUUCACUCCUGUUCCUCCCGCUGGCUCAGUUAUGUACGAUCACCCUGUGCCUGGCCUUCCCAUUGGCUCCAGCACUGUUCUGUAUGGGCCGCCCCCUGAUGGAGCCAGGCUGAUGUACGGCCCCCCUCCCGGCGGUCUUACGGUUCCUUUGGUGCCCAAUGGAACACUGCACUGUAAUGUGCCGGGACAUCAGGACUUGGAGCGAGAUCUGAAGAAUGCAGAGCGCAGGUUGAAAGAUGAACGUGCUGAUAGAGUUCACGGUGAGAAGGAGCAUUUGGCGCUUCAGGAGAAAACAGCAGAUCUGCAGCGGGAAAUAAAGCGACUCCGCAGGGCCGUCCACACGCUAAAGCACCACACGAGCAGGCUGGAAAGCUCCGUAUCUCACACGGAGGAUGAGCAAUGUGUGUCAGGAGAGGUGGCGUGUGUGGAGAAGACCCUUCAGAAGCGCAGAGCGGAGCUCAGAGAGGCCGACAGACUUCUGCUUGAGGCCGAGACCGAGCUCAGAGACACCAAAGACAAAACUAAAGAAAGCAUGCAGAGUUAUAAUGAGGCCAGGAGACGGGUGGAAGAGACAGAACGAGACCUGGUGGAGAUGGAACAGAGAGCUCGAGACAACGCCACACAGCUGGUGCACAGUAAACAACAGCUCAGAAAUCUUCAGGAGGAAGUUCUGGAGCUGCAGAAACAGAAACAGGAGCAAGAACACACACUGCAGGAGGUGCAGGAGAUAAUCGCACGUCACGACGCACAUUUUCAAGAAGUCAACAGAAAGCUGGAAAUAGCGACUGACGGACUGGAGACUGUUCAGAAUGAGCUGAAAGAGACACAGAACCUUGAAGCAAAACUCCUACAGAGCUGCAGAGAGGCGGAAAACAACCUAACACAAAGGCAAACACAACUGGACGAGACCAGCGACCAGGUGGAGUUGCAGCAGAAAGAGCUGUCGUUGCUGGACAGGAAGCUGGAACAAUGGAAACAGGAAGAGGAGGUGCUAAGAAUUAGUGUGGAGAAGUACAGGCAGGGUCUGUUAGAUGUGCUCAGACAGGGAGAGGAGGACGUCCACAGCUUACAUCAGCGCAUUCAGGAGCUACGUGUGGAUGUACAGACUCUGGCCGUACAGAAGGGAGAGCUGGACUCUCAGCUGUCCGAGAGGAAGAGCAGACUGGCUCAGUGUAAGACAGAUCAGCAAGAAGAAGAGGAAACCCUGCAUGACCUUACAUCAGCUACCAACAAACACAAAGCAGAGCUGAAGCAUGUGUUGGAAAUGGUCCAUCUGGAGUCAUCAGAAUUAGAGGGUGUGAAGAUCCAGCACAACCAGAAGUUGGACCAGCUUGAGAAGAGCCAGGAAACUCUACUACAGGUGCUCGUGGAGCUCCAGCGUGUCCAUGAGGAGUUGCAGGAGCAGAAUGGAGAAGCCGAGAGACAGAGGACACUGCUGGAGAAAGAGAGAGAGGAGCUUCACGCACUCCAACAAAAAAACCUAGAUCUACAACGGCAAACAGACACAGCAGUCCAAGAGCGGAGCGGCCUGCAGGAACAGUGCAAAAACCUGGAAGCCAGACGUAUGCAUGCUCAGAGGUGUCUGGAGGCUGCAGAGAAGGCGGCAAGGACCGCACAGACAGAGCUUGACAGACGUCAACAGGACCAGAAACAUGCACACGAGCUCCAGCAGGAGAUCCACAGAGACGCCGCAGCCAAGCUUGAAGGUCUGUGCUGUUCAACGCCAUUACAUCACCAUGACAACAGCUCGUACGAGGAGGUGAACAGACUGAAGAAACAGCUCGUGGAAUCUCAGACUCAGUUCGAUGAGAUCAGAGAGGAGGUGAAGACUGCAAAGAAGCAGCGAGACGAUCUUGUGAAGCAGCAGAUCGAUCAAAAAUCUGAACUGGAGGAGAAGAUCAAGAGGAGACAACAGAAGCUGGACAAACUGGGACAGCAGCUGCAGGAGCUGAAAGCACGAGUGGCCGAGAAACAAACACAGCUUGAAAAGCAAGACAAGCUGAUCAGAGUUCAGCAGCAGGAGAGCAGUGAUCUGGAGCAGCUUCACAGACUGAAGCAGCAGACGCUGCAGUCGCAGCUGCAGGCAGUAGAGGGAGCUCUCGCCCUGAGGCUGGAGCAGGUGCAGCAGGUCACAGCUGCAGCCUCAGAAAUGCAGGAUCGUGCACAGCUCCAAAGAGAACUGCUGAUUGUGGAAAAAGACACUCAAGAAAACCAUAAACAAGCCAGGACGCCGCAGGAACAGCUCAGCACCUUUUCCCAAGAGACGCCCGGCCUUAAAGACACGCUGCAGGAAGACAGCAUUGGACUGGGUGACAUUAGGGACACAGUGCCGCCCGUGAGGUCACGGGUGAAAGCGGAGGUGGACAGCGGGGAGGUGAGGGAGCUCGAGUCGCCCUCCAGCAUCUCCUCAGAUACAGACAGUCUGAAGGAGAACCAUCUUUGUGUUACGCUCGCUGGGAGGAAACCAGGCUACAGCACUAAGGAUGAGCAGUGGCGUGGCGAUGCACUUAGGGAGAGACUCAGACAGCAAGAAGACCAUUUAAAGGUCCAGCUACGCAGACGCAUGUUCUCCCAACAGGAAGCUCUGAGUCAACGCCGACUAGAGGCCGAAGGCAGCAUUCAGGGUUUGCGCAGACAUGUCGACAAGUUAGACCAGCUCCUGUGCAACUCUACCAAAGACUCCUCAUAGGCCCUACUCGAGGAAUCAGGAGGACAUCUUUAGCACAAACGCAAUUGUUAGUAAAAGGUUCCUCUGAAAAUUGUGCAUAUACUGUGUAGUAACCUCGCAACACAUGUCAAGAAGGAAGUUCUAAUUCGUUUUCUUUAUUUCUGUCAGAUUAUGAAACCAAGCGGUUAUAGAGACGUGCAGAUCUGGUCAGAUGAGCCGUUAAUCUAAGCCAGACAAAGAGCAAGGAAAACAAAGAAAUGAUUGUGACAGAUUUACCAUGGAGUGAUUAGAUUCUUGUGUUGGUCACAGCAGUCUCGGCCUUCUUUAAAGCAAAAAAGUCGGUUGCAAUCAGCACUUUCCAUAUACAAAUGAGGAAACUGAAACUUGAGGUAAAAACUAAGGGCGGUGGAUGUUUAACUCACUACCUCAGUUUAGGUUUUCUAUUGUUUUUAGAGAUACGAAGCCAUUUACAGAUUUUAAAACAGUUAUUUUUAACACUGAAACUGUGAUUUGCCUUUUUAUACUUACAUUAAACAAAAGCCAAGAAAACAGUUUUCUACUUCACGCGGCGCUGUGCAGACCAUUCGGCGAAAGACAUCGAAGUAUCGCGAGAGCGCUCGGAAAUGUCAACGUUCGGAAUCGCUUUCGCGAUACCUCGCCGUCAUGCACGGUUUGGUCUGCGCUACGCCGCUCUUUGUUUUAUCGUGAGGCAAUUCACACGUUUGUUUAAGGCUUACGAUUUAAAUGUUCCUUAC